AUAAGUGUGAUCAUCUGUAGCUCUGAGUAAUUUACUUCUCCAACCGUCUUUCAAAAGUAAACAUCAAGACUCUCUGUAUAUCAUCGAUCAUUUUCGUUGCCAAUCACUCGUUUUAAGGCAAUCCUUAUACUCAAAUAACCAUCAAAAUGCAGUUCACCAUCGUCUCAGUUUUGGCUGUUGCCAGCUUGGCUCUUGCUCAAGACAGCGGAAUUCCAGCUUGCGCGCAACCUUGUAUCGACAAUGCAGUUAAAUCAGAGACCACCUGUGGAGCUACUGAUAAAGCCUGCCAAUGUCUACCUGACAACGUCUCGAGUAUUCAAAACGCUGCUACAACUUGUGUCAUCAGUUCCUGUGGUAUCACCGUUGCUUUGACCGUUCCAGCUGCCGCUGCUGCCGCAUGUGCUGCUCUUCCUGCCUCAUCUGCUGCACCAAGUUCUGCUAGCUCUGCUAGCGCUGCUCCAUCUUCUUCGGCCGUCGAACCCAGCAGCUCUGCUACCGCUACUUCUUCAUCCGCUACCGAGUCGCCACCUGUAGUCUCUUCCACCGCCGCCUCCACUCCUGUCUCUUCCCAAGCCUCGACUCCAGUAUCGUCUGUUGUCGCCACCACAAUCACUUCAGGCGUAGCUGCACCAACCGGGGGCUCUGGAUCCAACGCUACCGCUACCGGUCCAUCACCUACCUCAUCGACGGUUCCAUUCACCGGUGCUGGAGCUCAAGUUAAGGCUAGCUUUGCAGGUGCUCUUGCUCUUGGUGUCGUCGCUGUCUUUGCCUUCUAAAUAAUCGGAUGAAUGAUAAGGAUAUGAAGGUUGUCAUAAUGAUGGAAUGUUAAGGUUUGAACGGCUUAGAAAGUUUAGAAAAGGAACUGGAACACGAAACGAGAUUGAUGUGUAUGACCGCUGGGUGUUUAAAAUUAAUUCUUCCCACUUAAUAUUGUAAUGGCUUACCAUUUUAACUUCACGAUAAAACCAAUGCGUUCGAAAGCAACUAUGCAUCUUAUUGUGCAUCCUGAAAUGUGAUGAGAUGAAGCGAAAUGAGAGUGUAAACGA